AUGAACGAGGCGAAGGGGUCCCUCCGGGCCAUCGAGCAGAAGUACAAGCUGUUCCAGCAGCAGCAGUUCACCUUCGUGGCGGCGCUGGAGCACUGCCGCGAGAACGCGCACGACAAGAUCCGGCCCAUCGCCAGCAUCGAGCAGGUGCAGAGCUACACGGAGCACCACUGCAGCAACGCCACGGACCACCGCAUCCUGAACAUGUUCCUGGACCUCUGCGCGGAGCUGAGCAAGCUCUGCCUGCACUUCGAGGCCCUGCACGCGGGCACCCCGGUCACCAACAGCCUCCUGGACAAGUGCAAGACCCUCGUGAGCCAGAGCAACGACCUGAGCAGCCUGAGAGCAAGGUACCCUCACGACGUGGUGAACCACCUGAGCUGCGACGAGGCCCGGAACCACUACGGGGGCGUGGUCAGCCUCAUCCCCCUCGUGCUGGACCUCAUGAAGGAGUGGAUCGCGCACUCGGAGAAGCUGCCCCGCAAAGUGCAGCAGCACGUGAGUGAGCCCGGGACGCACCAGGAGGCCGCCGCCGCCGCCGCCCAGCCUGCCCAGACCGCAGGCGCCCAGCCCUGGCCAAGAGAACACCAGUGCAGGCCGCUCCCCAAAGACAGCCUCAGACCCCGGGGGAGAGACAAAGGGCCCAAACCUCCCUGGAGACCGCCUGGCGGGAAACUGUGA